UUCCAGCGAUUGCAAUUUAAAUUUUAAUUUAAAUCGAACUGUUUUUUCUUGUUUAUUUUUUCUCAUGUAAAAAAUUUUAAAUACAAGUUUAUCAAAAUGAAUAUCAGUUCAAGUACUCCUUCGAUUGCUAAUAGAAGUACAUUGGAUAAAAAUAUUAAAACCUUCGUUCUCCCGGAUAAAUGUUUUGAGAAACGUGUCGCCUGUACUUGGCGAUGUGGAAAUAAGUUUACUAUAUACCCUCGAAGUCAAACUACUAGUAAAACGCCGGUAGACUGCAGUGGCGACAAAAUUCUCAAUAUAUCUCAGGAGAUAUUAUUAUUUACACCCAUUCUUAGAAAACUGGUAAAUGAAUCUAAUGGCACCUACCUACUACUACAGAAGGCGGCUGAAGCAGCAAAAACAUCGGAUAAUCAAGUUGAAUUUCUGAAACUUUCGCGCCAAUAUCGCUCUAUUAUCAGAGUCUGCAUAGAGAACUUACAGGAAGCCGCCGAGAAGGAGACCGACGGAGUCGAGAAGAAUUCUCUAUUAUCACAUAUAACGAUUUUCUAUUCUAUAGAAUGUAUAUGGCAUUUAUGUGAAAUCUUAUAUGUGGACAACAUUCCGGGUGAUAUAGUGUUGCCAUUCUUGCUUGAGUGGGUGCGGUUCCACUUCCCCUGUCAUGAGCAGGUUGCUGCACAGCUGCUGGAGGCCUGCGAGCGAGGUUCCGAGGACCAUCCGGAGUAUUGGGACACAGUUAUUGGCAUGGUGGUUCAAGGAAGAGUGGAUGUUGCGAGAGCUCUACUCAAACUCCACUCUGCAUCAGAGAGUAAUGAGUUCAAGCUAGUGGAUAAUUCAUUAAGAAAUAUGCCUGUAUAUAGUGUUUACAAUGGGAUCUCAACUGGAGAGUUCACUAUAACAUGGAAGCACUGGCAGGCUGAAUGCCGCUCUAAACUGUCCAGCCGUACCCUUGUAUCUCAACCUAAGCUGGAACUUAUAAUAAGGCUAAUAAUCGGCGAGUACUCAGCAUUCGAGUCGGUCCGCGAGAUGUACUCGUCGUGGUUCGACUUGGUGGGCGGCUGGGUGAUGUACACCGCGCCGUGGUCGCGGCGACGAGAGCUCGGGGCCGCCGCCGCAGCCUGCGCCGCCAUGAGAGCCCCCGCACCCGCCCCGCGCCGCCGGCUGGAGACCACCGUGCGCGCGCUGCUGGACGGAGACCUGCACCAGGUUAUACAUGAGAUCCAACAAAUAUCGGACAACGGCUGGUUUGCCACACACCUCACAGACAUGUUGUAUCACUGCGGCAAGUUGAAGAUACUUGAUAUGCAUCAGACAAACGUUACAACUCGACUAAGAGAUAGUCUCAUACUAGAAUAUGGCUGUUUACUCAUGGAGCACAAGUCAUUGUGGUCGGUGGGGCUGUCGUACCUGGCCUCCUGUCCACCUGAAGGUCUACGGCGCGCUGAGCUCAUGCUGGAGAGGGUGCCGUUGCAUUCAAAUGCUAAAGCUAUGAGAGUGCUCGCUGAGGCAAAGAAAUAUGGACUCUUGGGUGUUGCGCAGUGUGUGUGCCGCGGUAUGGGCGCGCGGCGGCUGUCGGGCGGCGGUGCGGGCGCGGCGCUGGGCUGGGCUCUGCGCGCGCGGUGCGGAGUGCUGAGCGCGCGCGCGGCGGACGGCGUGCUGCGCGCGUACGCUGGCGGCGCGCCGCUGCCCGCACGCGACCUGCUGCUGUCCGCCGGGCCCGAGCUGCUGCGAGCCGACCGUCUGCUCUUCCUAGGAAAAUACUGCGACUUCCAUCGGUUGUAUAAAACUAGAGAAUUCAAGAAGGCUGCCAAACUACUGGUCUCGUUGUUGACAUCAAAAAUUGCUCCCGACUAUUUCUGGGAAACACUACUUCUAGAUACACUACCGCUUCUAGAGUCAGACGAGGCGGUAUUUUCCUCAUCAGAUACCUUCGAGAUCAUGUUAUGUCUGGAGUUGAGGACCAAAGAGUUUGUUGGGGAGAAGGCAGAUCUACUGCGCUUGGCUCUUGCAAGAAAUCUAGCCAGGACAUGUCUGGAGGAUGUCGAAGAUGAGUGAUGGGAAACUGCACUGGACUUAUAAUAUCGAUACAGUGCACUGUUAUAAAAAAUAAAAUCAUUGACUAUACUGAUCAGUCAAUAUUGCAAAUAGUUUUGUUAUUGGUCAAAAUAAAGUGUUUAAUCUACCACAGAUUUACAAGUUGGCGUGGUGUAAAAAUGUUCAAAAUGUUCUUUAAAAUUACAAAUAAAUAUUAGCUACCUUUACACAACACGUUCAUUCACGUGCGAUCAGAAACGCGCGCGAUUUAGCGCGGGAACGACCGCGCGCAAUCGUGACGAUUUUUUUUUAAAGAAAUAGAAAUAGAAAUAAUCUUUAUUCAAAUAAACUCAUUACAAGCACUUUUGAAUAGUCAUAUUUUGAUUCUACCACUCAUUCGGAAUGCAGAUUCAUCACAAGAAGAAUGAGCAAGAAACUUGUGUGUUGCUCUUUUUAAUAGAUUUUUUUUUUAUAUAAAUAAUUACAGUGUAACAAGUAAGAGGCAUGCGACAAUCAACAGAAAUCGCUACGCACUCAUUAUUAGUGUAAUCAGAUAAUAUUGUCAGUGCUAUGUAUUUAAAAUUUUUCUACAAAAACAUUAUUAUCGUUAACGAAUUCUUCAAUUUUAUAGUAAGCUUUUUUGCAAAGGAAGUGUUUUAUUUGACAUUUAAAUCUUUUUUCUGGCAGAUUUAUAACAGACUCUGGUAUUUUAUUGUAAAACCUUACGCAAUUGCCAUAAAACGAAUUACUAACUUUAGCCAAACGACAUUUAGGUAAAAUCAGGAAAAAAGGAUGUUAAUGGAAUGGUGCACCCACCCGCGCUAAUGGUUUACGCUGGCGGGGCACCAGUGGAGGAUGAUAGGAUGAACAUGAAGUCAGAUCAGUUAGCCCGACGUGACAAAUUCACCGGGAAUGUAUCUCGAUGGUUUCCAGGGGGAACCGCGUGGAGGUCAACCUGCCAUGGUACAUUGCUAGUAAUGGGGUCAUGAGUCCACAUUACUGACAAUCACCUUCCCCCCAUGAAAGAGGAUUUUUUUUUAUGGAUGAUAAUGGAAUGGAGCGUCCGCCUGCGCUAACGGUUUACGCUGGCGGAGCACCAGUGGAGGAUGAUAAGAUGAGCAUGAGGUCAGGUCAGUUAGCCUAUCGUGACAUAUUCAGCAGGAAUUUAUCACGAUAGUUUCCAGGGGAACCGCGUGGAGGUCAACCUGACAUGGUACAUUGCUAGCAAUGGGAUCAUCAGUCCACAUUACUAACAAUGCCCUUCCCCCCAUGAAAGAUGAUUCACACGUGUAAUAACGUAUGUGUAAAGGCAGUUAAUAAUUUUAGUUGUUUUGUUCGUUAUCAGUGUUUUCAGAAUCGGAGGGUCAGUAAGAAAUACAAAACUGACCGUUUUUUGUGUAGACCAGAAUAGAACUCGGGAGUUUAGAUCUAAGUAAACCACUAGGCCGCUCGCAUCAAAAGUAUCUUAUACAGUUUUUAUAUAUGAACUGUUUUUGAAAUUAUUCAUACAUUAAUAUUAUAUCAUAUUAAUAACAAUGGCGAAAUAUGUGGACAAAUUUAUUAAUACUGACAUUCUUUUAAUAUUUAUACCAUAUUUCAUGC